CCCUGUUACAAGGGAGGUGAGAAGAGACACUGUGGAGAGUGUGUUGGGGGGAUGGAGGAGUUUCCAGUGAGGAUGGUGGAGGGGCUGUGUCUAGGCACCAGCUUGGCCAUAUCAGGCCUCUUCUACUACAUCUACAGGAAAAAGAGGAAAACGGUGGACAAGCUCAAUGUUAGUAGCCGUGCCUGCCCUGCAUCUGUUCCUUCAGACAUAGGCCUAGAUUCAAUCCGUAUCGCUGAAGAUCCGCGCAAUAGCUCGAUCGAAAUUUAAAGGCAAUGUUUCAGCAUUCGCGGAGACUGCAUUCACGGUAGCCUACACGCUGCAUAUGUCAGCUCAAACGGAAAUGACCUUUACAUUUUAAUCGCGCUAUAACGCGGAUCUUCCGCGAUACGGAUUGAAUCACAUUGUAAACAAAGUGCAAAACCAUGAUUUGUUGGAGACAUGGGAAUUUUCUUAGGAAUGACAGGCUUUUCUUUUUGCUUGUUGUUUCAGGGGGCACCCCACAUUAAUUUGGAUGGGAAACUGGCAGACCUUUUGAAUGUGAUUCCGGGAAAGUGUCUGCAGUAUGUUGUCAUCGAAGGUAAAGUUAUCUUUGUGAAUGUGUAACAUUUCUGAAUGUAUCACUAUGAUCAUAUUAUUAUGAUAUUGAGUGGACCCUGUUCUCGCUCACCUACUUAGUUAGGUGUAAUUAAUGGCUCUAUCCAUUUUGUGUGUGUGUGUGUGUGUGUGUGUGUGUGUGUGUGUGUGUGUGUGUGUGUGUGUGUGUGUAUAUGUGUAGGGGCAGUGCAGCCUGUGGGGGAGCCUCUAAGGAGUCAGUACCAAGAAGGCAGUGUAGGGGUAGUGCAGAAACUCAUGCUGAGGGAACACAAGCUGGUGUGGAACAACCUGGCCCACACCUGGUAGAAACACUCCUGACUGACACUCCAAAUAUAAUGUAUAAGACUAGUUUAAUCUGUAUCACCACUUUGUUAUAAACUGUAAUAUGACUAGGACCGUCUGACAUUUUAGUCUCAGCAGUAAUACAUCACUAAUUAUAACCUAUCAUAUCACCACACAAAACACCUUACCCACUGUGCACCCCCUUUCCUGUGUAGGAUGGACAGCGAGCGUGUGCUGCACCAGAGGGUGAAUGCGGUGCCCUUCAGCCUGGUGGGGUCGGACCAGGCCAACGUGAGGGUGCUGUGUCCCCUGGAGGCCUCGGAGCUGAAGAUGGACAUCAUCCAUGAGAAGUUCCACCAGGCCACCUACGGUUUCACCGACAUCGUCGGACAGUACCUCAGUGGAGAGAAGCCUAAAGGCCAGCUGGAGACUGAGGAAAUGCUCAAGGUGAGAUUUAGUUUGGUUUGAUCAUUUUUUAACAUAGCCAUAUCACUGAUAUAUUACCUCUUACUCAUUCCUAAAAUUCCACAAUAAGAUCCCAAAACGUUCCAUUGUGUUUAGGAUGAGGUCACCACUAUUGCCCCUGAAUAGUGAGCGUGUGUUGCUCGAAAGAGCAUGAAUAAUCCUGACCAGUUUAUGUCUGUCUGUAUUUCUAGGUUGGUGCUACUCUGACGGGUGUAGGCGAGCUCAUCCUGGACACAGGCCGGGUGAUGAAGCUCCGUCCGCCCACCGACGGCUCGGUGUACUUCCUAAGCACAGCAGACUUUGAGACUCUGCGGCUGGAGCAGGAGGGCCAGGCGGUGGUCUGGCAAGUCCUGGCCUCUGUGUUCGCCCUGGCCGGGGCCGCCGUCCUCCUCUGGGUGGGCCACCGCUAUUACCGUAGCCUGAGGGUCCGCUGGGACCAGGAACGGCUGAGGAGGGAGUUUGAGAGACUGAGCGCCGGGGAGACAGGGUCUGGGUCUGCGGCUGGGGCUACACAAGAGGGGUCUGGGGAGCAGGAGACGCCCCUGGAGAACGACUGUGUGAUCUGCCUGACCCAGCCGCGUAGCUGUGUGCUGCUGGACUGUGGACACGUGUGUUGCUGCUACAGCUGCUACCAGGCCCUGCCCCAGCCCACCUGCCCCAUAUGCCGGCAAGCCAUCAACAGGGUGGUGCCCCUCUACCAGGCAUGAGGCCCAGCCAGGGAGAACAACAGACAUCUGUGUUCUCAUGGGUGCUGUAGGUAUGUGUCCCCUGGG